AUGCGGCGACAGAUUAUUUGGGAUGCAACAGGGGACGCAUUCGAGUUCGAGAGACGCACAAAGAAAUUCAAAGUUUGCUUCCUCCCUGUCCCAAUGCCCACCAAGGACGAGCGAUUUCUCUGGGUCGAUCUGACAUUCCCAGUCCGCGCUGUCUACCUGCCAGUAGCCCGUAUAGCGGACCAAAGAGUACCCAGAUUCGCGGCCUACGUCCACCUCAACCUCCGCAUAUAUGAUGUGUCCUUGCAGACAUACAGGCCUCAUCAUGUUCCAAUUGAAAAGGUCUCGUCCACGGUGGGCAAGACGUUGGGCGGGGUUUUGGGACCAACCAGCCAAACCAUCGGGCAGACUCUAGGCGAGGAGGUAGGGGGGGUGGCGCAGAAUGUGGUUGACGGCCAGUAUGUCCCAGGCACAGAGAAACCUGUACCGGAACCCAACUUGACCGAGGCGGAGCGAGACAAGAUUCAGCAGAAGGAAGGCGCCCCCCGAACUUACUGGGCGGGGAACUUGAGUAUCAAGGCCGAUCAGACCCAUGGUUGGGGUUGGCGGCCAGAGUGGACGAUGCGCAUUGAUGCUCGCGCUCUCAUCGAGAUGCUGAUUGUCCCCAUGCACUUUCGCAAGCGAAUUUACAUCAAUCCAUACCGAUAUGUCAAGCUCUUCCAUGCCACCGCGAUUGACAAUACGGGGGUCGCGACAAUCACUCUGAAGGUGAUGGAUGCAUGGGUUGCGAUCGAUUAUGCCGGACUGGUGAGCAGGCAUGGUGGCAUCCCUUUGGACUACAAAGCCACUGGGAUACCGGAGAGCAGUAUUACGCAGAUCCUGCUAGCUAUCCUCACUCCCAAGGCCAGCAUGCUGCCUGUUGCUGGCACGGUACUCUCCCUGGGGUUGGGCUAUCUCGCAGAAUAUCUCGACGAUCCACAGGCAAUGUUAACCAAACACAGUCUCGCCAAGAAGGGGACAGAAAUAGCACUCCUGUUCAUUCAGGGAGCGAACCGUGUUAGAAAGUACUACGCCAGUGGCAAGAUUCCGGCCAUUCAGCUGCCUCGCAGGGGACCGGGCAUGCGGCAGGCCCUACAAGGACAGGAUCGGCAGUCAAUCUUUGUCGGCGAAGAAGGGGAGAAAGCACAAGCCCAACAAAUGGUGCGGGAUGAGAAGACGAUCGGAGUUACAAUCGAUGAGAUUGAGGACCCACAAAGAGAGGUUGACAUGGAAGAUGACGAGGAAAUGCAGGCAGUGACCUGGCUUGGGUAUAGCCCUCUCGUGAUCGAAAAGCAGUAG